UCCUUUGACCGUGAGCUCAGGACUUGUAUGUCAAGUGUCAUCGUGGAUUGUCUUGGCUCCAAUUGCAGAUGGACAAACCCAAUUCUAACUGGGGGAGUGGAGGGGCUCGAACCGAGGAGCUAGAUACCAGGUAUAAAACAAUCCCAUUCCCCCGUCCGAGCCAACCCCAAGCCGACAAGGGAUAAUCCAACUCGUCAAGAUUUCACGAUGCCCCAUCUGACUGCAGAGCUCAUAGUCCUCGCCCUCGCGGCAUCUGUCCAAGGUCAGCAGACCGUAUGGGGCCAGUGUGGAGGAGAGGGCUGGAAGGGGCCGACGUCCUGCGUGGCCGGGUCUGCCUGUUCGACGCAGAAUGCGUGGUAUGCCCAGUGUCUCCCGGGUGCGCCAACGACUGCCCCUGCUCCAACUACGUCGACGACGUCGCGUACCACUCUCACGACGACGACGACGACGUCGGCCAGGCCUCCCACCAACCCCACGGGCUGCCCCGCCAUCCCGGGAAGCAUUAGCGGAUCCACCUCCACGCUGCCCGACCCCUUCACCUUUGCCGGCGGCUCCAAGGUCACGUCAAAGGCAUCCUGGGCCUGCCGCCAAGCCGAGCUCAGCGCGCUGCUGCAGAAGUACGAGCUCGGCACGCUGCCUCCCAAGCCAUCCAGCAUGAGCGCCUCCUUCUCCGGCUCAUCCCUCUCCAUCACCGUUUCCGAGGGCGGCAAGACGAUUUCCUUCUCGGCGACCAUCAAGAAGCCCUCCUCCGGGUCCGGCCCGUUCCCGGCCAUCAUUGGCGUGGGCGGCAUCUCGAUCCCGGUGCCCAGCAACGUGGCCACCAUCGUCUUCGACAACGACGGCAUGGCCGCCCAGAGGGACGGCUCCAGCCGCGGCAAGGGCAAGUUCUACGACCUGUACGGCAGCGGUCACAGCGCCGGGUCGCUGAUGGCCUGGGCGUGGGGCGUCUCUCGCGUCAUCGACGCCCUCGAGGCGACCCCGGCGGCCGGCAUCGACGUCAGGCGCAUCGGCGUGACGGGGUGCUCUCGCAACGGCAAGGGCGCCAUGGUGGCGGGGGCGUUCGACUCGCGCGUCGCGCUGACCCUGCCGCAGGAGUCGGGCGCCGGGGGCUCGGGCUGCUGGCGUCUCGAGGAGUGGCAGAACAGGAACGGGUACAAUGUCCAGGACGCCAAGCAGAUUGUGGGCGAAAACACGUGGUUCUCCCCCAACUUCAACGCGCAGGUCAACAAUGUCAACGGCCUGCCGUUCGACCACCACUUGCUCGCCGGGCUGGUGGCGCCUCGGCCGAUGUUCGUCAUAGAGAACCCCGACAAUGAGUGGCUCGGCAAGAUCAGCACGUACGGCUGCAUGGGCGCCGCGCGGAAACAGUGGCAGGCUCUCGGGGCGCUGGACUCGUUUGGGUACAGCCAGGUUGGGGGGCACAAUCACUGCUCGUUCCCUAGUGCGCAGCAGGGGGAGCUGAACGCCUUCAUCAACAAGUUCUUGGUUGGCAACGCGAAUGCUGGGACAACAAACGUGUUCAGGACGGAUCAGACCUAUAACGGCUUCAGCAUCGAUUCUUGGUGUCCUUGGACGGUCCCGACGCUGUCUUAA